GUGUCAGUGGAGAGUGAGAUAGGGAGGGAGAGAACUGUUUCAGAGCUGGGAAUGUCGCCUCUCAUUUUCAGGUCUGCGAUGUCUCAUUCUCGUGGACUCUCUUUCUCAUUCUCUCCUGAUUCAUAUAAUUUCGAUUCGAUUUCGAAUAAGAAGAGUUCGCUUUCAUGCGCUCCCUCAGAGUUGAGUCCCGUUCGGUCAGAGGUUUCUUUCUGUGUUGGAACUCACCUCAUUCCGCACCCCAACAAGAUUGACAGAGGUGGGGAAGAUGCUUUCUUUGUGAGCAGCUACAAUGGUGGAGUUCUUGCCAUUGCUGAUGGUGUUUCUGGGUGGUCUGAACAGAAUGUUGACCCUGCAUUAUUCUCCAAAGAGCUGAUGGCUAAUGCUUCAUAUUUUGUUGGAGAUGAGGAGGUCAAUGAUGAUCCUCAGAUACUCUUGGGGAAAGCACAUGCUGCCACCUCCUCCAAGGGUUCUGCUACUGUAAUUGUGUCCAUGCUGGAGAAUAACGGAACUCUGAAAAUUGCCAAUGUCGGAGAUUGUGGACUACGGGUUCUUCGGAAAGGAAAAAUAUUAUUCUCGACAUCUCCACAAGAACAUUACUUUGACUGUCCUUACCAGUUAAGCUCUGAGGUGGUUGGACAAACAUACCUAGAUGCAAUGGUUAGCACUUUGGAAUUGAUUGAGGGAGACACAAUAGUAAUGGGCUCCGAUGGGCUAUUUGAUAAUGUUUUUGACCAUGAAAUAAUUUCAACAAUCUUGAGAUUCAGUGAUGUAGCAGAAGCUGCAAAGGCAUUGGCUAGUCUUGCGAGCGAUCAUUCGAGGGAGUCCAAUUUUGAUUCACCCUACUCAUUGGAGGCCAGAAGCAGAGGGUAUGAUGUACCAUGGUGGAAGAAAAUUCUUGGAACGAAGCUAACAGGUGGAAAACUGGAUGACAUAACUGUCAUUGUGGGUCAGGUUGUAAGGUCAUGAAACGUCUGUUGUUCUUAAGUUAAUUCACAAUGGACAGUAAUCCGCU